AUGGCUGCCACCUCUCGACCUCCGCCGUCAAAGCCUCUUGAUCUCGAUCUCACCAUCGUCUCCGCCAAGGAUCUCAAGAACGUCAACUGGAAAAAUGGCGACCUUAAACCCUACGCCAUCUUCUGGGUCGACCCCGACCGCCGACUGGCCACCAAGUCCGACGAUUCCGGGUCAACCCGACCCGUAUGGAACGAACGUUUUACGCUUCCUCUCUCGCUCCCCGCACUGGACGCCGUCCUCACUCUCGAGAUUUUCCACUCCAAGCCCAGCGAAACCCCCAAACCGCUUGUCGCCACUCUUCAGGUCGUCCUCAAGGAUUUACCCGAUCCAGAAGAUGGGACCAGGAUCCGGAAUUUCAAUCUCUGCCGCCCGUCUGGUCGUCCCCAGGGCAAGAUCCGGUUGAAGAUGGCGAUCAAGGAACGACCCUUGCCUCCCCCUCCUCCUCCUCCUCAACCGUUGGUGCAUACGAUGCCGGAUUACUUCUACUCCCCGAGACCGUCGCCGCCUCCACCGCCGGUCCACACGCUGCCAGAUUACCCUUUUGCCCCUCCCAUGGGAUAUUACUACCAAACUGCCCCGCCUCCUCCCCGAGGGUACCCUCCGUCUAUGUACUCAACGCUUCCGCCUCCUCCCCCCUCUCCGUCUCUUCCGCAGUAUGUCCCAGGGUACUAUUCCACAACAGCCGCUGCUCCUCCUCUACCGCCGCCGUCGAGGUUCGAUCGAACAGGCGGAGCUUAUUUUGGAAGCGGGGGGCCAUCUGCUCCGGUGGACUACUCACCUUACGAUAACCAGAGGCAGAGGGGAGGGAAGAUGGGGUUCGGGACGGGAUUGGCUGUGGGCGCCGUCGCAGGGGCCCUGGGGGGAAUCGCACUAGAAGAGGGUUUAAAGUACGAGGAAGACAAGAUCGCCGAGAGAGUGGAAACUAACCUGGCUACCGGUGAUGAUUACAGUGAGUAUCAGGCUGAUUAUUGA